AAUAAUAUCAGAUAGUGAAGACUGAUGGAGAGAUCAACGUUGAAAAAGAUUGAAGAUCUGAAUGUGGAUCGUGUGGUGAGGAUAUUGGAGUCAGUAGACCUUGCAGAAUUUGCGGAGUUCGUGAUAGAAAGAGACAUAAACGGAAAGAAAUUAUUAGAUGUCACAGAGGGAAUUAUUAAGUUAUGGAGGCCGAGUGUCAAUGCAAAAAGAAUCGUAUUAUUUAUUGAAGAAUUUAAAUUAAAUCCUGACAAAUUCAUCAAAAGUUUGGACACAGAUUUAGAUGUUAUUACAGAGACGGAAUCGAAAAGUAUUUCUGUGGAAUGUCAAUAUCAAACAGUGCCUGCAAGAAGACUCAGAGAAGACAUGGCAUCGACAACGUUAACGAACGUAGAAGAACUAUUGAAAAGGUUGGUGCCAGCAAAGAGUUUCUUAUACCGAAACCAGCCAAGGAAAAUCGAGAAGUCAGUUCCCUCUUACAUGCCCAUGGAUGGAGCACCAAAAAAGCCCAGAAGAUUCUUCAGAUUAAGCUCGUAUGAGUACCCUCAAUUGGACAUUUUGUCGAGAACUUCAAAGAACGAGAGUUUCGAUGACAGAGGCUACUAUUCUGUGAAAACUAACAACAGAUAUUUCAUACAGAAAACUUAUAAGAGACAAGAUUCGAAAACUAAAUAUAAAUCACUAUCAACUGCAGAGGAAUUAAAUGAGAAACUACCUGAAGAUCAUUUUUAUGAAGACUUAUGUUAUAGUGACAUGCACAAUACUGAGAACAAGAUAGAAAGUACAAGUUUUAAUCAAGUCGCAACCGUGAAGCCUUGUAUAGUGAAAAUACAAGAACUGUUUCAAUCAUUCAAAUUACCAUUCUUUCGUAAAAAUGAAACGAUAAGUGAUAAAAGUGAUGUAAAUGAUAAACCUGAAGCAGAAAUCGAAACUAACGUAUAUGAAAAUGGUGACAAUGUUGCCAAUAUGUAUGACUCAGUACAUGUUAUUAGACCAGUAAUACAAGGAAGUAAUACAGAAAGGAAUCAGUCCACGUUGCCAGUUGAAGACUAUCUAGAACCUAUACAAUUAAAUAAGGAUUACUGCGACGUAACAGUAAGAGAGAGGGAUGACUCGUUGCUCGGGUACAUCAUGAGUAUCUUCGAUAACAGAUUCGGCUUCAGACGUGAAACGAACGAUGCAGUCCAAGAUGAAGACAGUCAGGAUAAAGUCGACUGCACAUCGACGGAGAUCGGUCGGAUGCGGGAGCGGCCGCGAACAAACAUGGCCGACCGGCCGCUGCCGGUACCUGUAGAGAACGAGCCUUACUACAUGAACGUGGACCGGGCCGAGGCAGAGAACCUUCUGAUGGGACAGCCUGAUGGGAUGUUCAUUCUCCGGCCGUCCAGUCAGCCAAGUCAUGCAUACACCCUAAGCGUGUCAUGCUCAGGCGCAGUCCACAAUGUCGGUGUCCGGCGGCGUCCGGACGGACGGCUCGCGCUUGGCUUCCCGCGUCGUGGUGAACGCAGCUUCGCAACUGUGACGUCACUCCUACGUCAUCACCGCAGACGUCGGUUGCUCCUCGUGGCAGCAGGGGGCGUUAUCGGCGCUACAACCCUUAAUGAGACACCUCAUUAUUACCAGACGCCUAGUAAUUUACCAGUUUUGUAAUACAUUAUUACCAGACGUCCAGUAAUUGGCUAUUUCUGUAAUAUAUUAUUAACAGACGCCUAUUAAUUGGCUAUUUCUGUUAAACAUUACUUCCAGAUGUCUGGUAAUUUCUCAAUUCUGUAAUUAACUAUUACCAGUUGCCUGGUAAUAUACCAGUUGUUUAUUUCAUUAUUGCUAGACGUCUUGUAAUUGACUAUUUCUGUUAUACAUUAUUACCAGGUGUCUGGUAACUUGCCAGUUCUGUAAUUAAUUAG